AAAAAAUUAAAAAAAAAAUGUUGAAUUCGAUACCAAGUUGCCAACUUUUGCCACCAAGCUUCCACAUUGGAAAAGGGAAAGAAACUUGGCACCACUUUUGUUCCCCAUAUAUGCAAGCUACUAUUUCUCUCUUUUUCAUUGCUAAUUGUUUUUCUUCAAUUUCACUGGAUCAUCACCAUGCAAAGGUUACUACUUUAACUAAGAAUCAUUGAGGGCGAGUUGGUGUUCUUUUGCUACCAAUUGUUGAUGGCAAAACGCAGUGAAGAAGCUCACCCUUACGCCUUUCAUGUUUCUGGCCCAAGAAAUUUGACCACUCUUAACUGGAAGGACCUCAUCAAUUCUACUUGGAAGGAUGAGAAGUACAAGCGAACCGUCAUUGCCUGCUUUAUACAAGCAACUUACUUGCUUGAACUUGAUAGGCAGGAAAACAGAACAAAUGGAAAUGCUCUAGCUCCGAAUUGGUGGAUUCCCUUCAAGUACAAACUCACACAAACGUUGAUUGAUGAAAGAGAUGGGUCAAUUUUUGGUGCAAUAUUCGAAUGGGAUCGAUCUGCAGCACGGGCCGACUUGAUUGUAAUGAGACCUAGUGGUGCCCCAAGAGCUGUUUUAGCACUCAGAGGAACAUUACUCAAAAGCCCCACGAUGCGGCGAGACAUUGAAGAUGACCUCCGCUUUCUUGCUUGGGAAAACUUGAAAGGCUCUGUCAGGUUUAAGGUAGCUUUGGAGGUACUGAAAUCGGUUUGUGACAUGCAUGGAAGAAGUAAUGUAUGUAUUGCAGGGCAUUCCUUGGGGGCUGGAUUUGCUCUUCAAGUUGGAAAGAUGCUAGCAAAAGAGGGGAUUUAUGUGGAGACACAUUUAUUCAAUCCACCUUCUCUUUCACUAGCCAUAAGUCUCAGAAAUCUUGGCAACAAAGCGGAAUUUGUUUGGAAUAGGCUUAAAUCUAUGCUUCCUUUGAGCGGCGAAGCACAGGCAAGCACUGAAGGAGAUAAGACUAAUACAAACACAAACACAAACACUAACACAUCGAGCAUAGCUUCGUCAAAGGGUUGGAUGCCUCGACUACCUAGUUUUGGUUCUAAGGAUAGUGUUGCUGUCGGAAAAUGGGUUCCAAAUCUUUAUAUCAACAGCAAUGACUAUAUAUGUUGCUCUUAUACUGACCCUGAUGGCACGGCAGUGAAGAUCAGCAGCAAGGAGAAUCUCAGUAAAACGAAUGCGCAAAUCGCAGCGAAGUUGUUUGUUGUGUCAAAGGAAAAACAGAAAUUUCUUGAGGCUCAUGGAUUGGAACAAUGGUGGUCAACUGAUGCAGAACUUCAGCAAGUUAUUCACAAUAGUAAAGUCAUUAGCAGGCAACUUAGGUCUCUAUACCAUGUUACACCUUCACAAGUAACACUGAUAAAACCAGUGUAACAAUCCAGAUUUUAAGCUGAAGUAAAUCAUUUUCAAUCUUAAUAACAACCUGAUUUUGUGUUAAUUCUUAA